AUGGCUUAUUCAAUUAUAACAAUAUUUAGUUUAUUUAUUUUGAGUAUUUCUACUGUGAUGACUAAAUUGAUUCAUAUUCCUAUAAAAUUUGAUAAAUAUGAUAAUAUGUAUACAGAAUUUGAAAACUUAGAUUUUUAUUUAAUACACAAUUUAACAUUAAUCAUUAAAGAUGAUAUAUGUGCAACAAUUAUUGAUUUUACACGACCUACUGAUGUUGAAAUUCAAACAAAAUCCGGUUAUCGUAAUGUAACUGACACAUGUGGAAUUUGGAUUAAAAAUCCAUCAAAAGGUUUAAGAUCCAGGAGACCAGAAUAA